CGCGGAAGUUGGUUUGUGUAGUGACUGUGAGUACACGGGAUGUUGUUAAUUUGUGUGCAGUAGUGUGGAACACUUCGACAUUUUGCCAGUUUUCUGGACGAGUAUAUUGUCUGUUGCAGAAACAGAAGAACGUCUGUUGGAGCAAAAUGAAGGAGUGUGGUAUGCUGGAGCGGGACAGACAGACCCUUCGAAAAUACUCUGCUAUACUUGGCAGAGAGAUGGAGGUGGAUGAGCAGUUCAUUCUGUCUCUGCGGGCAGCCAACAUCCUCACCGACAGCAAUGUGCAGACUCUUAUGGCAGCGGGUACACCUCAGAAGCGCAACUUAAAUUUGCUUCUACUCCUACCAAAGCGAGGACCUGAUGCUUUUAGCAGUUUCUGUUCAGCACUGCAAGACACUGACCAACACCAUCUGUAUGAGCUCCUCACACAGUCACCGGAGAAAGAUAGCAAGGAGACACAUGUGGAAAGUAUACAGCCUGAGGAACAGCUAGAGGGAAUGGCAGGGCAAACAACAAGACAGAGGAGAGAGGGUUUUGUGAAGUCAUCUCCUCCUUAUCCCAUCCAAGAGAUGAUUCCAGCCAAGAGGCCAAGGACACAGGAGUCCAUGGAGUUCAGUCUGGAUGCAGAUAGUCCUAUCAGCACUCCUGUGCUUCCAUGCUGUCAUGACUUCUACCUCUCUCAUUGCCAUCAGUCUUACAAAAUGAAUUCAUCCCCUCGUGGCUUUGCCUUGGUCAUUAGUAAUGUGACAUUUGACCCUCAUGCUGCCCCUGAUCUUGACCCGAGGAAGGGGGGUGAGGUGGAUGAUGAAGUCCUCAGAAAAGUCUUUACAGAGCUGGGUUUCCUGGUGAUGGUCCACCGAGACCUCCCUGCUCAGGAAAUGAGGAGCUGCAUUGAGAAUUUUUCCAGACGGGCUGACCACCGGACAAUGGACAGCUGUGUGGUGUGUCUGCUGUCUCAUGGAGUGGAAGGAGCUAUAUACGGCACAGAUGGACAGCUCCUACAACUCGACUGGGUGUUCGAGUCGUUUGACAAUGCUCACUGUCCGUUGCUACAGAACAAACCGAAAAUGUUUUUCAUUCAGGCCUGCAGAGGAGACGAGAUGGACUGUGGAGUGGAGCAGAUAGACGGACCAACGCGGACCUGUUCACCCAGCUGUGAACAGGUGGAUGCUGGGAGAGAAGGACAGGGUGAAGCAGUCUCCAGACAGAGAGGGGAGAUGGGGACGCCCAGGAUUAAACUGCCCCAGCGUUCCGACAUGAUCUGUGGCUUUGCGUCUCUGAAAGGUCAGAGAAUUUGCACUGCAGCCAUGCGCAACACCAAGAGAGGAUCCUGGUUUGUCCAGGAACUGAACAAAGCCCUUCGUCUUCAUGCGAAGGACACACAUCUUUCAGACAUCAUGGUGCAGGUUAAUGGACGUAUCAAGGAGCGAGAAGGUUACGCCCCUGGCACCGCCCACCAUCGCUGCAAAGAGAUGUCAGAGUUCACCAGCUCAUUGUGCAAAGACCUCUACCUUUUCCCCAAGUACCAGCCCCAGUAUUGACAUGCACAUAUGCAUUACACACAGAUUAUUCCCAGCAUUGAAACCUCAUUCCACAUGAGUUAGUACCACACACUCACACAUUCCUGUUAAAUCUUCACUUCUCCCAUUCAAACAGAGGAUGUAGUUGUUCAUAUUUUCUGUGUUAAUACUGCCUCCACACACACUUGUACAGAUCCUACAAAGGAGAGAGCAGCAUGCUUAUGUUAAUCUAUGUGUACUCUGAAAUGGGCAGUGUAUCAGCAUACAGCACAGAGCUGUAACAGCAUGCGCCCGUGUCUAUGCCAGUUAGGAGGUUUAGAUGUUCACUCUAUUAUUUUAUUCGUCUGCUGUUUUCUUACUGCACAGCUCUUGAGAUUUCACUCAGCUCUUUUUAAAACAUAUUUUGUACACAGAUUUAUUUUUGUGGUCUUUAUUUUCUAUGAAAUUGUUUUUAUAUGGAUUUUUAACCCUGUUACUUGGAUUUGUACAUGAUGUUUGUUUUAGCUGUGGCCGUUUCUUUAUUUGUUAUGCAGAGGCAGGUAGGGGGCAGCAAAGAUUCCAGAUCAUUGCAUUUCAUCAUCUCUAUUUCAGCAAUAUUAUUCAUCUUUCAUGUCAUAUUCACUCUCAUAAUGCUGAAGAGAACUUAUAUGUAAGUAACUGUCAACUCUGAAGUUAAGUCUUUUCUUACAUAUGUAUUUAGGAUUACCCCUAGGGCAGCUUCACAGCGUUUCAAGUUUUGCUUGGAGCUGAAUAUUGUCAUUAUGAACUAUACAUUUAUUUAAAAACUUGCAUAUACAUUUAUCUUCAUAUCAGUUGUGUUACUGUACAGCUGACCCUUUCUGGGUGGUGGGCUGCCAGGGAAAUGUGGUGCUACGUCUGGGGUCACACUGACCUUUAGCUUACUCUGAGUCCUAAUAGUUUUUCUCCCUCUGUGGGUUGUACAGAUGUAGUCAGGGUCCUUUUUGUGGUGUUGUACUGUAUGAGAUACAGUAAGCAUUAAACAAACUCCAAAAGUCUUCCAAUAGGUUCACAAUAUGCAGUUUUCUACAUGUCAGAAUGAUCUAUUAGAUAUAUUUAUGACCAUUGUGGUGCUUUCACAGUGUAUUGUAUUGCUUUGGCACCCCCACACUCAGACAUACUCAAGCUUGUAUGAGCAUUGAUGUUUCCGGGAAAAGCCCUGAUAAGGCAAGUGUGUUUAGUUACAACAGUGUUGUAGUGAAGAAUACCGGUCGAAACAGUAUUGAUCAUUUACCAUCUGUAAACAAAGAUGCUUUUAAGCAGCGUGUGAGGGGGUCACGGUAGAGUUUACCCUUGUCCUCUGCCUCCUCUUUUGUUUUUUUGUUGUUUUUUUUAAAUGAAUAUCAUUUUAAAAACAGUAUCAGAGGAACAGUGUCAAAGGGUAAACACUCCAGCAGGGUGAGAAGUUUUAAAGAUUCAUGUUUGCUGCUGAGGUGUAGUGUGGGGGAACCAAAGGGAGAUUUUAUUUCUGUCAGUGCCAAUUACUGCCAAAUGUUCUAAACAAUAAAUGACAUGUUUUUAAGCAAGAAAAA